AAAUGGUGUUUGGUGUAAAUCUAGGCUGUAUUGCUGUCAUAUAUCACGCGACCUCGUAAAAACGACACUGAGGAUUCUGGACCAACAAAUCAGACAGGACGAAAAUAUUUCUUAUGAUGCGGAUGGUCUUCUUGGUAAAUAUAAGGCGGUGUACAGGUUGUCCGUUUUCAAACGCACCCGAGAUAUUUGCAGUAUAAGAGCCAGAAUCCACUCGAGUGGACGAUGGCCCUGCUCGAGAUCGGUCCCGUCCCGUCCGGAGGCCCGGCCCAAGUCCAGCCCAGGCUGGCCGUAGACGGCCAGGACUCGCAGCCAGCCAGCCAGCCCGUUUGUCCACAGCCGCCUCGUGCUCCCCGACAGCUGCUCCCAUCCGGCCCCGGCAGCCUGCCGCACCUCGCCGCCCGGAUAAACAACACCGGAUGCAAACGGCGGGUCCAAACGAGUGAGGGCGUUAGAUACCAGAGGCAAUCGCAGGAUGGAGCAUUUCACACUUUCCAGCUGUCAGAGGCAGACCGGUUGAAAUCUGAUUGCAGAACCGCAGGAUGCACGAAGCCGCGCGCAAGCGCCAGGAGGACUGAGCCGAGCCAGACUGUCGGUGGCUGCGCAGAACCGUCAGGAGGCUUGCAAGACUCACUGCAACAGAAGCGCAUAUGAGAAUCAAAACAGCUUCAGAAUAGACGCCAUAAAACAGAACAGAAUUGGCACAGAACUAUUAUGCAAAUGUAUUAAAUAACACAUCUUCAAGGGAAUUCUGUUGUGAGUUCCUUUUGGAGUGUUAUUUUUAAAAGAUUUUUUUUUUUUAAAUGCAAAUUCUGUGGCCACGAAUUAAAAACGAAGCAUAUUAUUUUGAAGCAACUACCCCAUACAUUACACGUAGACAAAUUCAAUAUGCUCAUUUAGAAACUCAACAAACGUGCACCAACAAAAUACUGAUUAGACUCGCCAAUCGAUAUCCCUUAAAAAGAAACACACACACACACACACACACACACACACACACACACACAGACGGUAUAUGUGCCUUAUUUUUAGACUCAAGGAGGACCAUUUUAAUUUCAUUUUUUACACCGAAAAUUGUCACACACAGGCAAAAUCCAGUGCAACCAUGUUGUUCGUCUCAAUUUACUGCAUCGGUGAUUUGUUUCUAUUAAGCUUACAUCUAACAACUCCCUGACAUUUAUGCAUUUUAUAUUAACGGCAAUUCAGUGUUAUAUCAGUGAGCCUCAAUGAAACUGCGUCAUAUGAGGUUAUUGUUAGUGUGACAGCAUAUCAUUCAAAAUGCACAAAUCAUAGUUCUAAUAUAAUAUUUUGUUGGACUUUAAUUACAUAGAGGAAAGGGAAAGGAAAAGCGUGCGGGGAUUUUGUAAUUGCAGCUAUAAUAAUAAGAUUGCUUUGGUUUUUGUUUGUACAUGUUUGUGGCUCCAAUGACGCGCAGAAGGUUUGAGACUUCGGCCAACAUUUCGCUCGGGGUGAAAAUGGGAACUGCGAAGAUGCGAGAGGAGGCGAGCCGCCGCACGAGGAGGAGAAUUUACUGUUGAACUCUGCAUUGCCCUCUUCCCUCACUAAGAUGGCGCCCGACGGUGACCUGCUCCCUCUGUCCCUCCUUUGUACACCCCCAUUCCAUCUCUUCCUCCCUCCCUUCUUCCUCCCAGCAGCGGGCCAUAAAUCCGUUGUUGUUUAUGAAAAUUUACAACAUGGCAAUGCGGCUUUACGAGCCAGCUCGGCCUCCCAUUGGCCGCGGCUCUUCACGUGGUCAGGAGCAGUGAACAUGAACUUUUUAUAUAUAAUUUCCAAUCGAGGAAUAGAGCAGCCUUUCAUUAAACAGGCUCCAGCUCCCACACGGAUGGUUUCACCGGCGCCCUCCUUAAGCCUCAACCUUGUUUUUCUCUCUCCCCCCAUUUUGGAGGAUUUGAUGCCACAGAAGCUUUCUUGCAGACGUGACUGGACGGUUUUGGCAAGAUGUGUGCAAGGAGACCCGGGGCGUCACUGGGUGCCCCCCUCCCACCCCGGGACCCCCCCCCACCCCCGGUUCCAUCGGGACACCUGCCAAGUCUUGCGUUCUGGGACUGUCCAGAAUAGCCAUUUGAGAAGCGUGACUUGACCAGAACAGAGCGCCACUUGGGCUCAGUCCGCUUGAGCGGACCGGGCCGGACCGGACGCUGCCUUGCAUGGCCGGGAUGAGGAGCGCCUCUCCGGAGGCCUUGUUGACGCGGACAGGCCGCCCCGCUGAGGAGUUGGAGCAUCUUGAAGGACGAAAUUGUCUCACCUGCAGCAUGGACGGCCGACAGCGUGGACAGCAACGAGACUGAAGCCUCGCCCACAAAAGUUUGACGCCGUGCAGGAAACAAGUACCUCGAUUGGUUUUGCUUUGAUAUAAUAUGAUUUAACAAGGAAAAGAGCUACGUAAGCCAGUCCGGAGAGGUUCUGCUGGUGCCAGUGCCAUGCUUUCCAUUGGUUCCUGUUUACAUGAUGCCCACAGGACGCGCGCUGAUUGGUGGGCGCGCUCACGUGACCACACAACUUUGUACAUUUGACAGCGAGUAGGAGGGUUUUGUGGAGAUCAGAAAAACGACAGCGCGAUAAAAAUUAGUAUUGUUGCACUUCACAAAUUAAUGACCAUGAGUUCCUACUUGAUAAACUCCAACUAUAUCGAGCCGUCCUUUCCUCCAUGCGACGAAUACCAGCAGGGCGGAUACAUCCCCAACCCGGGGGACUACUACGAGCGGCCAAAAGACACGGGCUUCCCCCAUCACGAAGAGCCAUCCUACCCCAGGUCCAACUACACGGAACCGGGCUACGAUUACACCAACGUCCCCGCCGCCGGACUGGACGAUUUCAGCGACGGGCACCACUCCGCGGCGCAGCCGCAAACGCUGCCUCAGAACCACGGACCGCGCCUCGCCUCGGCCCCGGACGGCGCGGGCGCGGGGGGCAUUAAGGACUGCAGCCUCGCCGGCGAGGUCUACCCCGGCGCGGUGAAAGGCAAAGAGCCGGUGGUCUACCCCUGGAUGAAAAAGGUCCACGUUAGCACCGUCAAUGCCAGUUACGCCGGAGGAGUGCCCAAGAGGUCCCGCACUGCCUACACCCGCCAGCAGGCUCUGGAGCUGGAGAAGGAGUUCCACUUCAACCGCUACCUGACGCGGCGCAGGCGGGUGGAGAUCGCGCACACCAUGUGCCUGUCCGAGCGUCAGGUGAAGAUCUGGUUUCAGAACCGCCGGAUGAAGUGGAAGAAGGAGCACAAGCUGCCCAACACCAAGAUCCGCUCCAAUUCGGCCACGUCGUCGUCGUCGUCGUCGUCUUCAUCUUCCGGGGCCCAACAACAGCAGAUUAAAACAGGCACGCAGCUUGUCCCCACGCCGUGCACCGUGGGUCUAUAGUGCACGGCCCAGCCCGAAUUAAAACAAGAAGAAAAAAAAACAACAACAACAACCCAAACGAGACUGAGAUGGCAAAGAACACAAAAGUGGGAAAAGACGGACCGAGUGAAUAUUUUGGUGUUAUUUGCCCUUUGUCCCCUUCCGCUCUGCGGUCGUCUUUCGCGUCUUCACAUAAGCUUGAAAUACUUUUUUUUCUUUUUCUUUUUUUUUUAAUCCCACCACGGCGACUGAAGAGUUCAUAGAUUUGCUUUUUUUAAUUUUUAUUUUUUUACGAAUGAAGGAUAACGCACGGUCACAUGGAUAAAAAAACAAAAACAAAACAAAGUGUUGCAUUUCAUUUAGAAAUGGCCAAAUGGGCGAGGUAAAAGCUUGAAUCCUUUCCUGUUGGAUUGUUUUAUUUUUUUGGGGGGAAUUAUUUUCCACGAAGAAUUCUAAUAUACUUGAAACUUAUGAUUUAUGAGCAGAUUAUUAUUUUUUUUUAGGUCCAUUGUAGUCACGGUGUGUGUUCGAGUGCUGAAUGUAUAUCCACGUGACAUGGCCACAGUGUAAUGUACAUAAACAAAUCAUGAAAGAAGGCACAAUGAGGAAUGCAUUUCUACAGCUGUAGACACUUUUUUUUUUUUUUUUUUUGUUGCUUGUCAGCUGCGUGUCGUGAGGUCUUCUAAAUAGUUUGAUUCGUGCGCGUCUGUUGUCGUGUUGUUCUAAACUGUGAAUAUACAUUUGUGUUUGUGCGGUCUCACUAGUGACCCCUGUGCUGUGUAGGCUAUAGUGUAGACUGAAUUUGUCCCUGUGAAAUAAAUGUGUACUUCACUUGUAAA